UCGAGCAGGGAGUCAGCAGGUGGUGCCACCUGAGCGGCACGGGUGGGCUGGGAAAAAAGUGGGAGGAGGUUGGAAGAGCCAGGAAUGAGGACAGACCGGUUUCCUGCACUUCUGCAGGACUGCUCCAAGUUUAGGAUCCCUAUAGAGGAUUUUGAUUCAGCCUCAGUCGAGAGAGUACCAUGGAUUAGGGACUUGAGCACUGCUACUAUCACGGGCUGCAUACCUGAAAAGGAAUACCAUAAUGGAGAGUCCACCACAGAAAGCCCUCUGGUGGUCCUGCGAAGGUCUACCCCUGGGGUGCGACACGUUGACGGUAGCAGGAAGACGGUGAGCAUGUAUGGCUCCCUGGAUGAGCCCCAAAAACAGCGAAUCACACCUGUGGGUCUGGAGCACAGGUCACAGAGACCUCGCAGCGUGUGCAUGCUGGCUGCGUCUCAGGCAAGCAGUGUGCUUGUGACUAAUUCCUCCUCAGCCAAAACGGGUGACGUUGACAAAAUUUAUCAGCGUAGACGUAGACGAGCAAUUGAUGGCCUCAAACAAGACAUGCCUCCAUCUUUUCGGCUGCCCCCACACCCUCAACAGGAGGUCCUACUGCGUCGACCUCUACAGGCAACUGGAAGACCUCGGCCUGUUAGCAUGACAGUUCUAGAGCUGAAGGAGUCUAGUAGAUCACAAGAUGAACUAGCUAACCGUACUUUCAGUGAUGCCGCAAGCUUGCCUCGCUCCGGUUUUCGAUGGAGACUCUUCGGCCGACAGGCCCAGGACAAGGAGGCGGCAAUCGUAACGGCACCUGUCCCCAGCAAACCAGAGAGGCCAAAGAAAAGGUUUAGCUCUCUGAGAAGGAGCCUUAGCCUUAGACUCAAGCGGAAUUGUAAUCAACCUGAGGAAGAGGGUGUUCGAGAAAGAACAUGGACGGCGACUGCGAGAGAUGAUGUUGCGCGCUCUAACCGACCCUUCUCUUAUCUGACCGGCAGGACGUUGUCUCCUGCUUAUGGACAUAGUGAGGACAAGAAAUGCAAGCAGUUAAUCGAGUUCCAAACCAGAGGGAAAGUCUCGGUAAUCGAGGCCCCUUUAUCCCCACCGAAACUCACCAAGCCCCCCACAGCGGUGUCUUCAGAGCAGAGUUUUUGGCAGCUCAUCGCUAGUCGCUUUAAAAGAAAAGGCAACAAAUCUGAGGCUUGCUCUGAAAGCCAACUAUCUGGCAGUGAUCCCCCAGUCAGGAAUAAAAAGCUGCAGCCGGUUACCAUAGAGACACUAAAGGGCAUUGAUUCCAGCAAAGGUCAAGAUUCCUUCGUGAACAGUCAGGAGUGGACAUUGAGCAGAUCAGUGCCGGAGCUCAAAGUGGGCAUUGUAGGUAACCUCUCCAGCGGGAAGUCGGCCCUCGUGCACCGGUACCUGACGGGAACAUAUGUCCAGGAGGAGUCUCCCGAGGGAGGAAGGUUUAAAAAGGAAAUCGUGGUGGAUGGACAGAGCUACCUGCUGCUAAUCCGAGACGAGGGAGGACCUCCUGAGCUUCAGUUUGCCGCCUGGGUGGACGCCGUGGUGUUUGUCUUCAGCCUGGAGGAUGAGAUCAGUUUCCAGACGGUCUAUAAUUACUUCUUGCGCCUGUCCAGCUACAGGAACACGGCCGAGGUGCCCAUGGUGCUGGUGGGCACGCAGGAUGCCAUAAGUGCCACCAACCCGAGAGUAAUCGACGACGCCCGAGCUCGGAAGCUCUCCAAUGACUUGAAGCGCUCCACCUACUACGAGACCUGCUCCACUUACGGCCUCAACGUAGAGAGAGUCUUCCAGGAUGUUGCUCAGAAGGUGGUUGCGCUGAGGAAGAAGCAGCAGCUGGCCAUCGGGCCGUGCAAAUCUCUGCCAAACUCGCCUAGCCACACGUCCGUGCCCGCCGCGGCUAUUCCCUCGGUACACCUCAACCAGGCUGCUAAUGGAGGGGGCGCACCGUUCAGCGACUACUCCUCGUCAGUGCCCUCCACCCCCAGCAUGGGGCAGCGGGAGAUGCGCAUCGAGACCAUCGCUGCCUCAAACACGCCCACGCCCAUCCGCAAGCAGUCCAAACGCCGCUCCAACAUCUUCACAUCGCGGAAAGCCAGUGAGCAGGCAAAGAGCGCUGAGUGUAAAACAGACAGCAUAGGCAGUGGAAGGGCCAUUCCUAUCAAACAGGGCAUUCUGCUGAAGAGGAGCGGUAAAUCGCUGAAUAAAGAGUGGAAAAAGAAGUACGUCACGCUGUGCGACAACGGCGUCCUCACCUACCAUCCCAGCUUACAUGAUUACAUGCAGAAUGUUCACGGGAAAGAGAUCGAUUUGCUCCGGACGACGGUCAAAGUCCCAGGGAAAAGGCCGCCUCGAGCCGUGGCUACUGUAGCGCCGACUGCUAGUCCCAAGAGCAACGGUUUAACCAAGGACAUGAGCGCGCUACAACUCGCCAUCGGAGCCACAGGCGCUUCUCAUUCGAACAGCAGUACGUCUCUGCAGUCUGGGGGCGUGGCCUCUGGGCUGGGCGUGGCCUCUGUGAGCGGGGCUAAAGAGGGAAUGCAUCAACGCUCUUUCUCGGUGUCCAGCGCUGAGCAGUGGAACGAAGCGGUUAACACGAGCUGUGCCUCGGCCAAUGGGACUUUGGAUUCUCUAAGUGCCACCACCGGACUAGGGGGACCAACCAGCCCCAAACUGGAACCACCGCCUUCACCGCACGCCAACCGCAAAAAGCACCGGAGGAAAAAGAGCACGGGAAUCACCAAACCUGACGGGUUGUCGACAGGGAACGAAGAGCAAGAAGAGUCAUUUGAGUUCAUCAUCGUGUCCCUCACUGGACAGAUGUGGCACUUUGAGGCGUCGACGUACGACGAGAGAGAGCUCUGGGUCCAAGCCAUCGAGAGUCAGAUAUUUGCCAGCUUACAGUCAUGUGAAAGUAGCAAGAAUAAGUCACGAUUAGGGAGCCAGAGCGAUGCCAUGACCAUCCAGUCCAUCAGGAACGUGAGAGGGAACGCUUUCUGUGUGGACUGCGACUCCCCCAAUCCAGACUGGGCGAGUCUGAACCUCGGAGCGCUGAUCUGUAUCGAGUGCUCAGGGAUCCAUCGGCACCUGGGCACUCACCUGUCCCGUGUGCGCUCGCUGGACCUGGACGACUGGCCUGUGGAGCUGAGCAUGGUGAUGACGGCUAUCGGUAACGCCAUGGCCAACAGCGUGUGGGAGGGAGCGCUGGAGGGAUACACCAAGCCUGGAGCUGAUAGCAGCAGGGAGGAGAAGGAACGCUGGAUCAGGGCGAAAUACGAGCAGAAGCUGUUCCUUUUGGGCCUGCCGCAGUCGGACGUGCCCCUGGGGCAGCAGCUCCUGCGCGGCGUGGUGGAGGACGACUUGAGGAUGGUGGUGCUGCUGCUGGCUCACGGCACUAAGGACGAGGUGAACGAGACGUACGGGGACGGGGACGGCCGCACGGCGCUGCACCUCUCCUGCGCCAUGGCCAACGUGGUCAUCACGCAGCUGCUAAUCUGGUAUGGUGUGGACGUGAAGAGUCGCGAUGCACGUGGUCAGACCCCGCUGUUCUUUGCCCGGCGAGCAGGAAGUCAAGAAUGCGUCGACAUCCUCAUCCAACACGGCUGCCCCUCGGAUUCCGGCGGCGCGACGACACCACCAGGGACGCGUCACAACCCCAACGCCAACAACAACAACGGACAGUGCGAGCUUAACCGCAGCAUAAGCAUCAUGUAGAUUCCAAACACCGUGCUGUAAGCCUUCAGUGUCUCAGUGCCAUAAUACUGUGACUUCCUUCCCCCUGCCUUUAGCCAUCGCCACACUGUUAGCGUCGUAAAAAUCUCCCGUCGUGUCAAAUCGAUGUUUAACGUUCGCCAGGUCAACCCAGUCC